ACUUGAAAACUCAUAGGACCCCCAAAAAACUAGGCAAAUUGAUCAUCAUUAUCUUCUUCUUCUUUCUUUCAAAAGCUCCUCUCCACAAUUAGAACAAAUUAAAACUAGAAAAAAUUAUCAAAUGGCAAGUCAUUACCAAAAACCUCAUGCUAUUUUGAUUCCAUAUCCAUAUCAAGGUCACAUUACCCCUUUUGUAUAUUUAGCCAUAAAACUUGCUUCUCAUGGCUUUACAAUUACUUUUGUAAACACACAUUAUAUUCAUUCCAAGAUUUCGAAUUCACAAACACAACGACAUAGUAAUAAAGAUGAUCUUUUUGCUAAGGCUCGUGAAAAUGGGCUUGACAUACGUUAUGCAACGGUCAACGACGGUUUUCCUUUGGGAUUUGAUAGGUCUUUAAAUCAUGACCAAUUUGUUGAAGGACUUUUACAUGUAUUUUCAGCACAUUUUGAUGAAGUUGUUGGGAAUUUGGUUAAGUCUGAUCCACCUGUGACGUGUUUGAUUGCUGAUACUUUCUAUGUUUGGCCAUUGAUGAUUGCUGAGAAGUAUAAUUUGGUGUAUGUUUCGUUUUGGACAGAGCCUGCUUUGGUUUUAACUCUUUAUUAUCAUAUGGAACUUCUCAAGAAAAAUGGCCAUUUUGCUUCUCAAGAUAAUCGCAAGGACACUAUAGAUUAUAUACCAGGAGUUGAAGCAAUUGAACCAAGGGAUUUAAUGUCAUAUCUUCAAGCAACUGAUAUUUGGACUGUAGUCCACAGGGUAAUUUACAAAGCUUUUACAGAUAUUAAAAAGGCUGAUAUUAUCAUUUGUAAUACAGUCCAAGAACUUGAAUUUGAUACUCUUUCAGCCCUAAACAAGAAACAGCCCACUUAUGCUAUUGGGCCCAUUUUCCCAUCUGGGCUUACUAAGGCCCCAUUUAGUAUUAGCCUAUGGUCUGAGUCUGAUUGCUCUCAAUGGCUCAAUAACAAGCCCAAUACUUCAGUUUUAUAUGUCUCAUUUGGUAGCUAUGCUCAUACUAGUAAAGAAGACAUUUUGGAAAUAGCCCAUGGGCUUCAACUUAGUGGGGUGAACUUCAUUUGGGUCCUAAGGCCCGAUAUCGUCAGCUCGGACGAGACCGAUUUCUUGCCCGUUGGAUUCGAGGAAUGUAUAAAAGAUCGAGGGUUGAUCGUGCCAUGGUGUAAACAGAUUGAAGUGAUCUCACACCCUGCGAUAGGUGGAUUCUUGACUCACUGUGGAUGGAACUCGACGUUGGAAAGCAUAUGGUGCGGUAUACCGUUGAUAUGUUUUCCCUUGUUGACCGAUCAAUUUACUAAUCGAAAAUUAGUCGUUAAUGAUUGGAAGAUCGGGAUUAAUCUCUGCGACAAAAAACGUGUCACGCACGAGGAAGUCGCCGAAAAGGUUAGUAAUUUUAUGUGUGGAGAUAGUACUCAAGAGUUGAGAAAGGCAAUGAAGGAAGUGAGGAAGACAUUAGAGAAUGCAUUAGGACAAGAUGGAUCAUCUGAGAAGAAUUUUCAUCAAUUUAUGGAAGAUAUUAAGGUCAAUAUUCGUAAACGGGCUGGGCUUUCCAAUGGACAUGUUAGUCCAUUACACCAAAAUGGUAAUGGGCUGGCCCAUUGAAUCUUUGAAAUCUAAUGUUAACUGUAAACAUUGGGCCAAAAGGCCCAAGUUAGGUGUAGGAGUUAGGACCAUUGCAUUUGGGUUGUGGUUCUCUCUUUUCUUUUUCGGCAAUGCUGUGCUGCGUUAUUUUCUUA